CUUUAAGAUCAAUCCUGGGCAAGGGAAGGGGCACCUUCUAGGUGCCUGGCACUGUGCCAAGCCCUUUGUGUGUGUAUUAUCUCAUUAACUCCUCACAACAGCCCAAGAGGGAAGGGUUAUUAGUGUACCCAUUUUAUAAAGAAACUGAGGCUCAAAGAGAUUCACAAGUUUUCAAGGUCAUAGAGUUUGCUAGGCAGAAGGGCAAGAUUUGAACCAGGUCUGCCGGCCUCUGCUUUCCAAGAUCUUAGCAUCCGUGUCAGUGGUCUUCAACACUGGCUGCAGGUUACAUUUACCUGGAGCACUAAACACCACCAAUGUCUGGAGCUUACCUACACCCAUUAAACCAGAAUCUCUGGGGAGGCUCCCCAGAGAUUCUCAGCUUCAGCUAGCAUUGAGAAUCUCUGCUUGAUGCUGUGGCUGCCUUCCCGUGUAUCUGCCCAGGUAGUUAAUAUGAACUGGGUCUGUACCUGGAACCUAACCCAACUUCCCUCUGGGGUCCCUGGUGAGCCCCAGCUUUUCAAGAGUCUGCAGAUGGUUGGUGUUCUAGGUUUGACCUCCAAGUCUUUCCGAAACCCCCAGACUAAGUCGGAUUCCUCUGUCUCACAUUCUCGGAGGUUUUGUGUUUCCCCUUCAUCGCAUUUACCUGAAAUGUAAUUAAAUAAGUGCCUUCCUAGCUCUUUAAUAGCUCUUGCCUGCCUGCUAGAGCGUAAGCUCCCUGAACGCAGGGACCAUGUUUAUCUUGUUCUCCCCAUAGCAUUCCCAGAGCCAGGCACAGUGACUGGCACACAAACACUGGACAAAUGUCACUUCCUCCUUCCAUUUUAAUAAUUACUCUCUGAGUAUCUACCAUGCGCCGGGUACUUGCCCACAUCUGCUUUAGAAGCAAGAUAAGGGGAAACCCCAUUUUUCCAGGCAAGGAAACAGAAGCUCUGGAAUGUGAGAAGUCAGAAGCUGGCAGACCCUUCUCAUGCACCUGAGUCUCGUGACCCUGACCCCCCUGCCCCGCAGAGAGGCUGCUUUGUGCUCUCUUCUGGAGGAACACGUCUUUGGAGAAGGCACUUAUGUUAGCUGCUCACUCAUCUGUUUCAUCUCCCCGGUGUUUUUCCUGCCCUUUGGGAGUCAACGCCUCCCUGGUCUCCUCCCUCUGUCCUCAGGGGCUGCCCCUCCUUCUCCGUACCCCCCUCUGGAGGUUUGGCCCAAACAAGGCUGCUGAGUAACUCCCCUGAUUAAACCGUUCCAUCGUCAGCAGCAGCGCAGACGUCAGGAGCUAUCCAGGGACUUCCUCCCCCGGCUCCCUGGGAGCGAGCCUGUGGCACCUUCUGGGCUGCGCCCCACCCACUCCCCUAAUGGGGCUUCUGACCAGCCACUCAAGCUGGACAAAAAAUCCCUGGGAAAGCAGCCUCCCUGGACUGAAAACUCUUUCAGCGACCUGUGAAAGGGUUUUUGCACCGGGGCCGAGAAAGAGUUCGCCUUCCCAACCUACCUCUGGUGCCCCCUGCUGGGAAAAGCUGGCUGCAGGGGGGAAACAGGGACGCCUCCUCUCUUGGGUCAUCGGGCUCCGCCUGUAGGUCUUGAAUGUAACAUCUGAGGCUUGAGAUGAGUUCACAUCAAACCUGGAACCCAGAGGGACGAGGAAGAGCCACUCACCUAAAAAAGUUCCAGUCGUGGGACCUCGAAGACCACUCUGACAAGGGCAGCCUCUCAGCUUUGCACCCAGAGGAAGCCUGUGACAGAUCUUCACUCAGGAUUAGGCGGAGGAUGGUUAGAGGGGUCACAGCCCUGGAUCACACCUCUACCGGCACUGCCUCCAUCAUGCCCCCCGCCCUCCCGGUGGUCUCUUGGUUUCCCUUGGGUCGGAGAGACCUGACAUAGCAAAAGGAGCGAAGGACCUGAUCACUGCUGUUGGCUCAGCUUCCAGCCCCGGAGCCUCAUCCCCUUUUGGUAACGAGGCAAGUGUGAAAAAUGGAGCGUGAUGGGGAUGUCACAGGAUCUUCCAGGCCUUCAGCUGGAACUGCCUGCUCUCAAUCCAGCUGUGAUUGCCGGGGGGCAAUUAGGAUGUGUGUCUGUCCCUGAGUUCUUGUGUAUGUGUGUGUGUGUGUGUGUGUGUGUGUGUGUGUGUGUGUAUGCAAGCACAAGGCUGGGAGCUGGGAGGCACCCUGGCUUUGGUAGCCCAAACUAGCCUGCUUCCCCUUCUGGGUCUGCUGGCCUAAUUCCCAGCUGCAGCUGCCAUUCUGGGCCCCCCUCCCUGAAGCAAUCUCCCUGCAGAUUUGGCAGCAGGAGAGGAGGGGCUGAGGGAAGGGAAAUGAACCGGAGAGAGGACUGAGCUCUAAUCUGAUGUAGAUGAUCCGGCAGCUUUCCCCAGCUUGCUGCCCUCUGCCAUCAGCUCUCCAGGCGAUUUUCUCUGUGCCCUGCCCUCUCCCCUCCUGCCUUCAUGUCCUUAAGAAAGUGCCCAGAAAGUUAAACCCACACACACAAACAUAUACACAAUCCACAAAAAAAAAAAAAAAAAAAAAAAAAAAAAUCAGAGAGCAGGAGCAGGCAGACGAGUAAGAGAGCACGCGCGCAGGAGAGAGGGCUCAGAACGGUCCAGGAGGAAGAACCGCGCAGGCAGAUGGAGGCUGGGGUUGGCCGUGACAGGGACUAAGGUCUCUUAGUCCCCAGGAGUCUCCUUCAUGGACCCGGGGAUCCUGAGAGGGGCUGCCUCAGCUUAGGAUGGGCAACUGUGUCAAGUCUCCACUGAGAAAUCUCUCAAGGAAGAUGCACCAGGAGGAGAAGAGGAGCAGCUACACAGCGGUGCGGACGAGCGAGGAGGGGCUGGCGGCCAGCGGCGAGCUCCCAGGACCGCUCCUGAUGCUGGCCCAGAACUGCGCGGUCAUGCACAACCUGCUGGGCCCUGCCUGCAUUUUCCUGCGCAAGGGCUUCGCUGAGAACAGGCAGCCUGACAGAUCGCUGCGGCCAGAGGAGAUUGAAGAGCUCCGAGAGGCCUUCAGAGAAUUUGACAAGGACAAGGAUGGCUACAUCAACUGCCGGGACCUGGGCAACUGCAUGCGUACCAUGGGCUACAUGCCCACCGAGAUGGAACUUAUUGAACUUUCUCAGCAGAUCAACAUGAACCUGGGUGGCCAUGUAGAUUUCGAUGACUUCGUAGAGCUAAUGGGACCUAAACUCCUGGCGGAAACAGCAGAUAUGAUUGGAGUGAAGGAACUUCGAGAUGCUUUCCGAGAGUUUGACACCAAUGGUGAUGGAGAGAUAAGCACCAGUGAGUUGCGGGAGGCCAUGAGGAAACUCCUGGGCCAUCAGGUGGGACACCGAGACAUAGAGGAAAUUAUCCGAGAUGUGGACCUCAAUGGGGAUGGACGAGUAGACUUUGAAGAGUUUGUCCGGAUGAUGUCCCGCUGAGGCCGUGAGGGCCCCUCCAGGACUGCCAAGCUCCCCCCCCCGCCCCGGGCGGGAGAAGAGGAGCCAGAGCGCGCCUCACCCCGCCGUAGCCGCCGAGAGCCCAGGAUGGACUGGCGGAAGGGGCCUGCCUGCACCCCAGGGAGGUGCCCACCCUGGACCCCCUCCCCUCCGCACUGUGAAAGACUCACAACUCCUGCAACUGGAAAGGGGGGCGCCCGCCGACGAGGAGGCCACAGUGCCAAGCCAGCAGAGGUCACGCCGGGCGCCAAGUGCCAUGGACCCAGCCGCUGCCGGUGGGGUGGGCCAGGGAGCCUGCCAGCAGCCCCCCCGCACAGCAUGUCCGCCCCAGGGCAAAGCCUCUCGCCGCCCUCCUUAGCUCUGUGCCCGUCCCAGCUCGCCACAGCCCUGUUCUCUCAGAACCAAUAAAAAUAUUUCCAAGACAA